AGAAUAUACAAAUUGAUAUUUUGGCGGUUUACUGUGGAAUGGGUGGUGGAGUGUCCACUUCUGGAAUCUUUUUAUACGUUAUUCAAAGUGACUCUUUACUUUCAAGGAAACGAGAAACUCCAUGGUUCAGACAUAUAUACAAAAGGGGUUCUGAUAGGCUUUUUGGUCGCUCGUUUAACAGGCGUUGUAUUCACAACUUUGUUUUUGUACUGAGCAUGAAGACAGCAGAGUCCUCUUCACUCAAAUUUAAGUUCACCCAAAAGUCGGGAGCAAGUUGUAAAGGAGCACCAGUUUGGUUCGACGGGAAUAUAGGAUUCUGCCCUAUUUGCCAAGGCACUGGGAAAGUUCGUUGCUUUGACUGCAAUGGUUACGGCAUUCACCCCUGGGCAGUUGUUGACGAACGACUCGCUGGAGGGCAGCCAUGUAAGCUUUGCAAGGGUGCUCGAGUAGUGAGUUGCCCAGUAUGUGCCCCUCAUUCUUAUAAGAGUUUGAGAGCCUCUGUUUUGGGAAUCUCCUUGAGCCAAGCUGAAAGUGAAUCAAACGUAGACAACUUACAGGAAGAACAAGAUGAUAACUGGGUCUUACAACCGACCAGCUUAUAAUCCCUCUCUUUUUGGUUUUUCGUAGCGAAGUUUCAAAUUAUGUUUUUGCUGUGUACAUGAGUUGUAUAUAGGAUUGUUUUUGAAUUCUACCUCUAUGGAAAGUUUAAAAUUUAAAAUUUUGUAUAUAAUGGAAGAGUUUUUGGUUUGUAAACUUUCUAGAGGCAGAGCAUUCAUACAACUUUUUCUCGUGUUGGUAAAUAAAUAUUUGUGGUUUUAUUCUACAGUAAUAAUGAGUGGCUCCUUUUCUAAGUGCGCAACAGAUAUAGAUGCCUAAUUUCUGUGACGAAUUUCCUUGAGUAAAAGAGGUUCAGGCCGUUUCUUAACAAUUUCCAAAGAAAUAGUAUUGUGUAUUUUAUUGCUUGAACAGCUUACUUUAUAUGCUCAACGUGCUAUUUAUGAACAAGUUUUUUGGAUACAACUGUUUUCGGAAGUUUGCCACAAAAUAGAUCGCUAUAAAGCUACUUGUUUCCAAAGAAGAUAUUGACAAAAAGCUAUCCUAGUAAAUACGAGAUAUCAAAA